GUCAUUUGAUUCCAGAUCGAUGUUACUGUGUCAGAUGUCAACGCUGUAGUAUUGUAUUUGAGUUUGUCAAAUUUUGCAUUCCAAAAACACACUUGUAUUUUGCAUUAUCUAAAAAAAAGACUUGUAAUCGACAUAAUUUGUAUUUAGGAGAAAACAAUUUUAGAAAUGGUACUAACUAAAGAGUAUCGAAUAUGUAUGCCUAUGACUGUGGAAGAGUAUCAAAUAGGGCAACUGUAUAUGAUAGCGCGACACAGUCUAGAACAAUCUGGUGGUGGUGAAGGAGUUGAAGUAGUUGAAAACAGGGAAUGUUCAGAUGAAAAACAUGGAAGUGGACAGUUCACAGAAAAACGAAUACAUCUAUCAAGUCGUCUUCCAUAUUGGGUGCAAUCUAUUAUACCAAAGAUUUUUUAUGUGACUGAAAAAGCUUGGAACUUUUACCCAUAUACGACUACUGAAUAUACUUGUUCAUUCAUACCAAGGUUCAGGAUAUCCAUCGAAACUAAAUAUGAAAAUAAUAAUGGAUGUACAGAAAAUUGUCUUGGUUUGAUGCCUGAACAACUAGCAGAACGUGUUGUGGAUCACAUUGAUAUUGCAUAUGACGAAGUUUCUCCCAAACAUUAUAAGGAAGAGGAGGAUCCUAGGUUCAUCCAAUCGAAGAAAACCCAUCGGGGUCCACUUGUAGAUGGUUGGCGGGAAAAUUAUCAACCCAUAAUGUGUUCAUAUAAACUGGUUCAUGCCUCAUUUGAAGUGUUUGGUAUGCAAACUAGGGUCGAAGAGUUUAUUCACUCUUGUAUAAGAGAAGUUUUACUCCUUGGCCAUAGACAAGCAUUUGCUUGGCUUGACGAAUGGGUAGAGAUGACAAUGGAGGACGUUAGAGAAUUCGAAACUAAUUUACAACAACAAACAAACUGUUUGUUCAAGGCGGAAGUAACUCAAACACCGAGCUUAUCGUCUCAAAUUUCCGAAGAUUCUGAUGCAGCGGCAUCUUUCUCAUUGGAAAAUUCACCACCAGAGACUCCUAAGUCGCCGAAAUCUCCUACUAAAAAAGGCUACUUCUCUAGUUGGUUUUGAACUAGUAAAUACCUGGUUUUUGAUGUACGCUGUUUCAAACCAAUGAAGAGAUGUUUGUGUUAUGACUAAUAAAAUUUCUUUGUUGAUUGUAUUUUAUUCGUGAAAAGCAUCCACAUAUCUGUUAAAUAUGUUCAUUUUAUAAAUUAUAGGGAAUAUUAUUUCAAUAUAUGGUCAUAGUAUGA